GGCCUGAUGCCCCGGACGCCUCUGGCUGUUCAGGUGGUGACAAUCGCGCUGGUGCUGCUCAUCUGCGGCGUGGGAAUCGCAGGCAAUGUCAUGGUAGUUCUGGUGGUGUCCCGGACGCGCCAUAUGGUCACCCCCACUAACUGCUACUUGGUCAGUCUGGCAGCCGCCGAUCUCCUAGUGCUGCUAGCGGCUGGGCUGCCCAAUCUGUCCGACGUGGUGCUCUCCUGGGUAUUUGGCCACGCGGGUUGCUUGUGCAUCACCUAUCUUCAGUACCUCGGCAUCAACGCGUCCACGGGCUCGCUCACCGCGUUCACCGUGGAGCGCUACCUAGCCAUCUGUCACCCCAUCCGGGCACAAUACCUGUGCACGGUGGCUCGGGCCAAACGCAUCAUUGCCCUUGUGUGGCUGGGCACGGCCGCCUACUGUGUCAUGUGGCUUUUCCUGGUGGAUACGAAGGAAGUGGCCUUCGAUGACGGCGUGCAGGUGCAAUGUGGCUACCGAGUAUCCCGAGAGCUCUACCUGCCGGUCUACUUUCUAGACUUUGCACUGUUCUACGCGCUGCCGUUGGGACUGGCCACUGUGUUGUAUGCGCUCAUCGCGCGCAUCCUCUUCCUAGCUCCCCUGCCCCGCUCGUCUGACGCAGACCCUUCCAGCUCCAUUCACCAGGGUCGCUCCCUAGGGCUCCCCUCCGCCUCCGACGGGUCUGUGCGCUUUUCGUGCCGCGGGAACAGGGGCGCCCUGAGUUCCAGGAAGCAGGUCACCAAGAUGCUGGUUGUGGUGGUGAUUCUGUUUGCCCUUCUCUGGAUGCCAUAUCGAACCCUGGUGGUGGUCAACUCCUUCCUCAACCCACCCUAUCUGAAUCUCUGGUUCCUCCUCUUCUGUCGAAUCUGCAUUUACCUGAACAGUGCCAUCAACCCCAUAAUCUACAACCUCAUGUCUCAAAAGUUCCGCACAGCCUUUCAGAAGUUGUGCAGGUGCAGGUCAGCCCAGCCUGAGCCCCCAUCCCACGACAUGGUCCCUGUCCAUUACAGCUUCAUGAAAGAUUGUUCCCGAAAUGACUCUGACUCUCACUCCAACCAGUAUAACAGCAUCCCUGGGCCUGGGCCCAGGAGCUAA